GGCCCCGGGGUGUUAUUGUGAGGGGGAGACAAUGAGCAAACUCUCCUUCCGCGCCCGGGCGCUAGACGCCGCCAAACCGCUGCCCAUCUACCGCGGCAAGGAUAUGCCCGACCUCAACGACUGCGUCUCCAUCAACCGGGCCGUGCCGCAGAUGCCCACGGGGAUGGAGAAGGAGGAAGAAUCGGAACAUCAUUUGCAACGGGCAAUCUCAGCACAGCAAGUUUUCAGAGAAAAGAAGGAGAGCAUGGUUAUCCCAGUCCCUGAAGCCGAGAGCAAUGUCAACUACUACAAUCGUUUGUACAAAGGAGAGUUCAAGCAACCAAAGCAGUUCAUUCACAUCCAACCCUUUAAUCUGGACAAUGAACAGCCAGAUUAUGAUAUGGACUCCGAGGAUGAGACCCUACUGAACAGGCUGAACAGGAAGAUGGAAAUCAAGCCCCUGCAGUUUGAGAUAAUGGUUGACAGACUGGAAAAAGCCAGUUCCAGUCAGCUGGUGACCCUGCAGGAGGCCAAGCUGCUGCUCAAUGAGGACGAUUACCUGAUCAAGGCUGUCUAUGACUACUGGGUGAGGAAGCGCAAGAACUGCCGGGGGCCCUCGCUCAUCCCCCAGAUCAAGCAGGAGAAGAGGGACGGCUCCACCAACAACGACCCCUACGUGGCCUUCCGCAGGAGGACUGAGAAGAUGCAGACCAGAAAGAACCGAAAGAACGAUGAAGCAUCUUACGAGAAGAUGUUGAAAUUAAGGAGGGAGUUUAGCAGAGCCAUAACAAUUUUGGAGAUGAUUAAGAGGAGAGAGAAAACAAAACGGGAGCUGUUGCAUUUAACAUUGGAAGUUGUGGAGAAAAGGUACCAUUUGGGUGAUUAUGGAGGUGAAAUCCUCAAUGAAGUGAAGCUGAACAGACCCGAAAAAGAGAUGGGAACAACUCCAUCAUCCCUCCACAAUGGGAACCACCACAAAGUCCAGGAAUGUAAAGUUAAGCAUCCUCACCACUCCUCCCUGAAGGAGGAGGUGUCCGAUGUUGUCCGUCAGAAGAAGAAAUACCUGAAGAAGCCCAAGCUGGAGUGUGUGGUGACCCCUCAGCCCCUGGCUGAGCCCCUGCCUGUGCUCAGCAAGAGUGACAUCAAACAGUACGACUUCCACAGCUCUGAUGAGGAUGAGUUCCCACAGGUACCCUCACCAGUUUCAGAAGCAGAAGAGGAGAAUGAUCCUGAUGGACCUUGUGCUUUCAGGAGAAGAGCAGGAUGCCAGUAUUACGCUCCUCGUUUGGACCAAACGAAUUCUUCGUGUGAAAGCCCAGAAUUGGGAGAAUUGGACAAACUGAGGUUCAGGCAUUGCCUUACAACCCUCACAAUCCCAAGGAGAUGCAUAGGAUUUGCAAGGAGGAGGAUUGGCAGGGGUGGAAGGGUUAUCAUGGACCGAAUAUCCACAGAACACGAUCCUGUCUUGAGGCAGAUUGACCCGGAAAUGCUGAACAGUUUUCCAAGCUCUUCCCAGACAUUAGACUUUUCUUCUAAUUUUUCACGGACCAAUGCUUCCAAUAAACAUUGUGAAAACAGACUGUCCCUUCCUGAAAUCCUAAGCAAUAUCAGAUCAUGUCGACUGCAGUGUUUCCAGCCCAGGCUACUCAAUCUCCAGGACAGCGAUAGUGAAGAAUGUACCUCAAGGAAAGCAGGGCAGACUGUGAAUAAUAAAAGAGUCUCUGCAGCAUCUGUAGCUUUAUUGAACACCAGCAAGAAUGGCAUAUCAGUCACAGGGGGGAUCACAGAGGAGCAGUUCCAGACACACCAACAGCAGUUAGUGCAGAUGCAGAGGCAGCAGCUGGCCCAGCUGCAGCAGAAGCAGCAAUCUCAGCAUUCCUCCCAACAGACACAUCCGAAAGCACAGGGCUCCAGCACCUCUGACUGCAUGUCCAAAACCCUGGAUUCGGCCAGUGCCCACUUUGCUGCCUCUGCAGUGGUCAGUGCCCUGGCCCCCGGGCGCAGCGAGGGAGCCAAGGAGCACAGCACCAGCCACAACAAUCUCAACGGUGUUGUCCAGCCUUCAGGAACCUCCAGAACUUUGUACUCCACCAACAUGGCUUUAUCAUCCAGCCCAGGGAUCUCAACUGUACAGCUCGUAAGGACAGUUGGCCACAGCACCACAAACCACUUAAUCCCAGCCUUGUGCACGAGCAGCCCUCAGCCUCUCCCCAUGAACAAUUCCUGCCUGCCCAGCGCCGUGCACCUCAACAACGUCAGCGUUGUGUCUCCAGUCAAUGUUCAUAUCAAUACACGGACUUCAGCGCCCUCGCCAACAGCCUUAAAACUUGCCACGGUUGCUGCCAGCAUGGACAGAGUGCCAAAGGUAACUCCCAGCAGUGCCAUCAGCAGUAUAGCAAGAGAGAACCAUGAGCCGGAGCGCCUGGGCUUGAACGGCAUCGCGGAGACCACAGUGGCCAUGGAGGUGACAUAACGUCCCGGCAGCGUCCCCAGCUGUGUCCUGGCGUGCUCCUCCCUGUCCCAGCUGAGCGCAGCCGCAGCGCUCUGUGCCUGGCGGAGAGCUCGGGCAGACCCCAAUGGACUCGGAUGAUAUCGUGUAUUAAGUCGAUAUAUAAUGUAAAUUUUGUAAAAUUUUGGGAAAAUCACUACCUUGUAAAAUAGUUUAUUUGUAUCAUCGAUAUUAUUUCUGUUACUUGAAUAGUAGAUAUUCAUCAUCAUGCUUUUGCACUUGAAUUUGCAACUGAAUGGAUUUAAAAAAAAAAAAAAUAAUUCUUUAAUGGGAUCAUGAGCAUGACAUGGGAUCCUGCAUCACUUGUUUAAACUAUUUAUUUUGCCAUGUUUACAUUUUGUAUCUUGUACAAAUAAAUGCAACUUUGUGUCUAAAAAAAAAA